AUGGCAAACACCUCGGCGUCACCAGGUACGCAUGUCGCAGCUCACCUCUUGUCCCUUGCCCAUCCUCCAACAACUGUCUCCCGCAUCUUCACUGAGAAAGUCAAGCUCCGACCCUUGCAUCUCAAGCCGGGUGAAAACCCCACGCCCUCUGGUCGCGCCUAUCGACGCACACUACGCCUACAAGCUGCAUCGAAGCUUAAGAAGAAGCGCAAGCCACAGCCAUUGAGUGCGGCCGAGAAGCGCGCAACAGCACUACACUCGAUUCCCAGCGACCAACAGAAAUAUGCGAUCUUCGAACCGCUCCACCAGCUAUGGACUGGAUACAUUAAUGAAAUAUUGGGAUCGGGCAGGCCAAUUUCUGGACCAGUAGCUGCCAAGCUUGCCAGUGCUGAUUAUCAUGGCGCACUUGUCCAGGUAUCACGAAGCCGUUGCACAAGCCGUGUCGGUGUGAAAGGUAUCGUCGUCAAGGAUACCAAGUUUACAUUCGAAAUUAUCACCGAAGGAGACGAGUUGAAGGUUCUGCCAAAAGAGCACACAGUUUUCAGGUUCGAGGUUCGAGACGACGCAGAAGCGGAAGAAUCAAAAGAUACGCAACUGGAUCAGGCAGCAAAAAAGAGCUUGGUCUUCGAGUUACAUGGGGAUCAGUUCCAACAUCGCGCCGUAGACAGGGCGAACAAGAAGUUUAAGCAACACUUCUUACCAGAUCUUUGA